CCCAUGGCAGGGCCCCCAGGGCAGGCUGCUCACAGCUGCUGCAGCUAAAGAUAGGCGAGAAGGGCACGCGUCUUGGGGAAAAGUCGUGGGGAGCGAGCACCGUCCUGUCUGGGGCCAUGGGCACAAUGAGGUCACUGCGCUUCAUUUCUGCAGAAGCCCUGGUGUCCCACCCCCAGGUGGCCCGGCAGAGCCUGGACAGUGUGGCCCACAACCUCUACCCGCUCCUGUUCAAAGCCAGCUACCUGCUGGAGCAGGCGGAGGUGACGCGCACUGUGCUGGGGCGCUGGCCCCUGGAGGAGUUCCGGCUGGGAGCGCUGCUGGGUCCCAGUGCCGACCACCCCCAGGACCUGCGCGACCGAGCCUGCCGGGCCUGCCUGGAGGCGCUGGUGCGCGGCCUCGCCGACCACGUGCUGCAGGACCGGAGCCGCCGGCGGCUGCGGGUGGCCGAUCUCACGGGCAUCCGAGACGUGCAGGUGCAGCGGUGCCCGUGCGGGAGGGCGCUGGGCAAGUGGGGCCGCACCCGGCUGCUGGCCAGGACCUGCUGUGAGCUGCAGGCAGAGCCCCUCGCAGCCGGGCGCCCCGUCGAGGUCCUCGCCGACCUCUUCGUCACUGAGGGCAACUUCGAGGCGGUGGUGCAGGCUCUGAGGCCAGCGGGCCCGGCCCCUCUGCGGAUGCACUGCCCCUCGUUCCGGGCGGACAGCCUGAGCCCCAGCCAGCUCCUGCACGUGCUGCGUCUGGCUGGCCCGGGUGCCCUGCGCAAGCUGGAGGUGGUGCACAAUGUGCGGCUGCAUGCGGGCCACGUGCACCAGCUGCUGGCCCAGGUGGGCUUCCCCCGGCUGGCCUCGCUCACCCUGCCCACCAAGGCCUUUGAUGCACCCCCCGCCUGCGCCUCCACUCCCGGCGGUGAGGACCGCCUCCUCGCCUCCAUCGCCCGGGAGCUCAGCAAGAUGACGCAGCUCACCGACCUCAGCGUGGCCUUCUCCAGACUGACCGGGAAGAUCCCGACGCUGCUUGGGCCCCUGCAGACCCCCCUGCGAGUGCUGGACCUGGCCAACUGUGCCCUGAACCACGCAGACAUGGCCUUCUUGGCAGACUCUGCCCACGCUGCCCACCUGGAGGUGCUGGACCUGAGUGGACACAACCUGGUCAGCCUGUUCCCCUCGACCUUCUUCAGGCUGCUCGGCCAGGCUGCCCGGACGCUGAGGAUCCUGACGCUGGAGGAGUGUGGCAUCGUAGACAGCCACGUUGGCAUGCUGAUCCUGGGCCUGAGCCCCUGCCACCAGCUGCGCCAGCUCAAGUUCCUCGGGAACCCGCUGUCGGCCCGCGCCCUCCGGCGCCUCUUUGCCGCGCUCUCUGAGCUCCCCGAGCUGCGCUGCAUCGAGUUUCCAGUGCCCAAGGACUGCUACCCCGAGGGUGCCGCCUACCCCCAGGACGAGCUGGCCAUGUCCAAGUUUGACCAGCAGAAAUACGACGAGAUCUCCGAGGAGCUGCGUGCCGUGCUGCUGCGGGCGGACCGAGAGGACAUCCAGGUCUCCACACCCCUCUUUGGAAGUUUCGACCCAGACAUUCAAGAAACAAGCAAUGAGCUUGGCGCUUUCUUGCUGCAAGCUUUCAAAAACGCUCUAGAAAACUUCUCCAGAGCACUCAGACAAAUAGAGUAGUUCCUCCACUCGCACCAGCGACAGGUCUUGCAUUUCAGCCUGCAGGUGCCCUGGGCUUCGGUCCUGGAUCCGAGGCUUGGGCCUGGCAUUCAUCCCCACCACCACCACCACCAAAAGCAGUUCUUAGUGAAAAUUGUAGGUGUGCCUGUUAAGUGCUGUAGAAGAGGAAGCCUUCCAGGAGAGGGGCCAUGCGGUGCCCUUUAGUGGCAGCAAAGCAAGGUCCUGGAGGCAGGGGAAGCCACCGAGAGUGACUGAGGGUCAGUGGGGGCAGACGCCACAUGGCAAAGGGCAGAGAAGUCCGGGAGGUGUGAGGAGCGGCCAACCUGGCCUCGGCGCAUCCGGGCACUGGGCGCAAGAUGAAGCCUCAGGGAACAGAUGUGACUGGGUGCCACAGCAGGGAGGGGGAGGGGAAGAGAGAACGCAUCACACAAACUGCACAAAACAAGCAGCCCAUGAAAAACAACCGAGAAAAAGAGGUGAAAAAGGAACAGCAAACCGGACCCUGCUUCCUCCAGCAGGAGGCUCCCACCUGCUGCUGGUCACAUCCUGCUUUCUGCACCUGCCGCUUACAGGAUGCGGUGGGCCUGCAGGGAAUGCGGGGCUUUUGGUUGCUGUUAGCGACUUUUCUUCUCGCUUUGUGUAGCCCCCCAGAACCGUGAGGGGCAUCCGAGUGGGUGAGCACAGGCGUCCCCUGAAGCGCCGCCCGGACCAGGGCGUUCAGCGCUGCGGGGAGGCCUUCGCCCCACUGCUCCACUGUUUCUCGCCAGCAUUCACUGUGUCCCACAGGGCUCCAGGCUCAGACUGACGGGAGCUAUUCUAGGUGUUUAAUUGAAGCACUUGACCAGCCCCUGGAGAAGCUGACAACCACCUAAGACACAUUUGGACUUGGUGUCCACCAAGAAUGACUUUGUGCAAAGAAAUGGCUGAGCACUAGAAUAACUAAACGCAAAUAAAAUGUGUAUUUCAGUGCA